UUCCCCACCUUCACGGCAACGUCGGAAAAUUCCCACUCCUCCCCACCAACGCGUGGCUCAUACUCUCCCCUUCUUCAAGAGGCGCCACCCCUUCGUCUUCCAUACUCACCAAUCAUCAGCUUCAACCUAACUGUUUCUGUUUGUUUGUGUCUGUGUGCGUAUUCUGCCGGUGCCGGCGAUGGUGGAGCUUGGUCAAGCAGAUACUGAAGUAUACGCGCCAAAGAGGACCUUACAAGUAUGGCGUACACUGUUGAACUGGUUGGCUUUCUUUUUUCAGAUCUUCGUUCAGAUCAUUAAAGCCACUCCUUCUUUGAUAAAUUAUUCUUCCUCGCCGUCUUUUGAGCCUUUGCCCGUCGUUGAAUUGUCUGAAUCUCCCCAACCUCCGACACCUUACGCCGCCUCUACCGUCCAUAUUCCGCCAGCCGGUGCUGAUUUUGAUCGUUCGCAGAAGCUCACGGUGGUUCUUGACUUGGAUGAAACUCUGGUAUGUGCCUAUGAGACUUCUAGUUUGCCUGCCAUUGUUCGUAAUCAAGCCAUAGAAGCUGGACUGAAGUGGUUUGAGCUAGAAUGCGUAUCUUCGGACAAGGAAUGCGAAGGCAAACCCAAAAUCAAUUAUGUGACGGUAUUUGAACGUCCUGGAUUACAUGAGUUUCUAACCCAGCUCAGUAAAUUUGCUGAUCUUGUGCUGUUUACUGCAGGCCUUGAAGGUUAUGCUAAACCACUUGUUGACAGAAUAGAUGCUGAAAACAGGUUUAAUCGUAGACUUUAUCGGCCUUCAACAAGUUCCACGGAAUUUAGGGAACAUGUGAAGGACCUUUCCUGUAUAUCAACAAACUUUUGCAGAAUUGUCAUUGUUGACAACAAUCCGUUCAGUUUCUUGUUGCAACCAGUCAAUGGAAUCCCUUGCAUACCUUUUUCUGCUGGACAACCACAUGAUGACCAGCUUCUUGAGGUCCUCCUUCCGCUUUUGAAGCAACUUUCCGAGCAGGGUGAUGUAAGGCCGGUGCUGUAUGAAAAGUUCCACAUGCCCGAAUGGUUUGAUAAACACGGAAUCCCUACUUCUGGGUGGGCAACACAUGGAUAAAGUUAACAUUUGUACAGAGUAGAAGCUUUUUGUUCUUAAAUUUGAGGCAAUCUUCACCGUCAACUGAAGAUGGUGAUAUUUUGGAUUUCACAUUUUGUAUAGUUAUCAAGUUGUACGUACCUCAACUUCAAUCAGGAAAUUCUUUAGUUAAUCCCCUUGGCUUAAUAGGGUUUUUGACCUCAUUUCUUCUUGUAAUUUGGUAUAUACAGCUUUGCUAAAUCGAGUCACUCGUUAUUAUCUCC